UUGACAAUUGGAAUCUGAUAACUCAAGAUAGAAACUAGAAACAGAAAGUGAUGAAAGAAUAUGAAAUUAUUAUUAAUAUAUGAAGAUUGGAUAAAGUUUUCUAUAUCUAUAUUAAAUUCGCACUCAUAAUUAUUGUUACAAAGAUGUCGUGUAAAACAUUAAUAGAUUUCGUGGUUAAAUACCACAAACCAAGGUUGUUAAACAAUGUGGUAUAUUUUCCGAGCUAUGGGAAUUCUUUUUUCGGCAGGCGAUUUCUAGUUCCAGUGAAUCCAGUGUCAUGUUCCACGCCCAAGAUUCAGUCUCCGAGGCAUUUUAGCACAACCCUGUCAAAAUUUAACGACGCACAGCUAACAAGCGAGCAGAAAAAAACUGAUGGAAAGUUUCAACUUAUGUUUACAUGCAAAAAAUGUAACACCCGCAAUACAAAGUUUAUCACAAAGUUAGCGUAUUACAAAGGUGUAGUUAUAGUUAUAUGCGACGGCUGCGAGAACAAACAUUUGAUCGCCGACAACCUUAACUGGUUUUCUGAUAUGAACGGAAAGAAGAACAUCGAAGAUAUAAUGGCUGAAAAGGGAGAGACUGUUCAAAAGAUAAUGUCAGAUGAUUUGGAAUUUAUUGCUCAGGAAAUUGUUAAUAAUGUUGAAAAGAAAGUGCUUGAUGGCUAAGUUUAAGGCAGUGCUAAUCUUAACAAAUGGACUUCAAACCUUCAGAGUCUUUUGUACUCGCCUAAGCUUUAUAUAGUCUCACAAAAUAGCUUUUAAGAACCUUGAUUGCAGCUUUAAGAUUGGAUUGGUUGCCUCUCAAAUAUAAUGUUGAUAACUUACUUUGGGUGAUAUCACAUCAAGAGAAGAUAUAUUGUUCUGUAGUAUUAAAAACCAACUACUUGGGCCCUAUAGACUAUUUAAAGUUCUGCUAUUGUGUGUUAUAUAAACUAACCUGCUGAUUUGAAAUUGAUUGAUUGUGGAGUUCUAUACUAAACUGUAUACUUGACUUGUCACACUUCCGAGUAACUGCCCAUUCAUUCAAAUUGACAACCUUGUAUUUAAACUUAUCAAGCCAAAUGUUGGCAGUAAGGAGAUGGGGAUGGCCUUUAGAAAUCUGAUCAUGGACAUGGACAUGCUAGCUGGAAGCUUAUGUUUAGGAGUGUGCAAGUGGAAGUUCUACAGGUGAAACUGUUUCAGACAUUUUCAUUUUUAUUGGUGCAAUUUCACCCUUCCAGCAUUAGUCAUGAAUGAUAAUAAUUUGUAAAUUUGAUUAGAAAACUAUUAUAGA